CGCUUCGUCAGUUGCGUACUCUUCCGUUCAAGCAGCUUGUGACAUUUUUUUCUGUUACUACAAGAUGUUUACUUGGAUGAGCCGUGCGAAUUUCGACGAGGAUCCCGAUAAUUCCGCGUGCAAAGCCACCAUGAAACUGCUAAGGAGACAACAGUAACUGAAAGGACUACAUAGUAACACAGGUCUAGUAGAGGUGCCAUGGAUGAUGAAGAGCGUCUUGAGGGUGAGGAAGAAAUGGACUUAGAUGAAGCCUCCGAUGGUGAAGAUGAAGAUGAAGAAACAACGGGGAUUCCUGUUUCUCCAGCAAAUUCUGAUCAAUUGCUUGGCCAUUCAUCAACAACUCCUGGUAAUAAGGAAGCACAAAAGUUUGUUUCUAUUGCAGUAACCCCAGAUGAAGCUUUUCAUGAUCCUUUACGGUACCAGAAAUUUCCACUUCCUGGAGGUAAACCUUUGAAUAUUAGGCGUGGUCCAGGUAGACCUAGGAAAGAACGUCCACCUGGAGUUACACGUGGGGGAGGUACUCGUAGACCUUUUGGAAGAGGAACUACUAGGGGUAAAGGUGUUGGAUAUGCUAGAGGUAUACCACGCCGUACUAAAAGUAAAGAUGACGACACACAUUCAGAAUCCCCAAGUCCUCUUCGUCUGGGUGAAGAUACUACUCCUGAUGGAGAGUCAUCUAACGCUGAGAGAUGCAUGCCAGCACCAGAAGAACCACCAUACUUUCCAGAACAAUGGCCUGGCAAAGUAUGUGCUUUAUGUAAUUUGGGUGAACGAAGUCAGCUAGGUCAAGGUGAACUAUUAAGAUUUACCUGUCCCGAAGGUUUCACCCCUGAGAAGUCUACUAAUCGUGACGAUACAACUGACCACCUCGUUGAUAUAUCUACUGGAGACAAAAGUCCCCGUGCAGCAGGUCCUGGUGCUGUGACUUGCCGUAGACAGAAGAGUCUAGCUAAGUGCAGAAAUACUAGUCUAACAAAUUUUACGGAACCAGUGGAGGAAUUAACCAUAGUGGGAUAUUCGGAAGAACCGGAAAUAGGAACGUUAUUUGAGUCAAUCGGGCACUAUUAUGUUCAUCAGUCUUGUGCAGUAUGGUCAAGCAAUACCCAAGAAUUAACAACGGAAGUAUUGAGUCCGGCAAUAGUACAGGCUUCGUCGAGACGUUGUGCUUCUUGUUCUCAUUAUGGAGCCGGAAUUCCUUGCAAAGUGGCAUCGUGCAAUCGUUAUUUUCAUUUACCAUGUGCUGCAGCCUCAAGUUGCUUCCAGGAUACAAAAAGCUUGUCUCUUUUUUGCAGUCAGCAUCUGGGACAAGUUCCACUUUUGUUGAAUGGUGAUGUUACUUGUAUGCAGUGCUGUGGGAUGGGAGAUGUUUCCAACCUAGUAAUGUGUUCCAUCUGUGGCCAACAUUACCACGGUAGUUGUGUCGGUUUGGCACUGCUGCCUGGUGUAAGGGCUGGCUGGCAAUGUGUAUCUUGCAGAGUAUGUCAAGUGUGCCGUCAACCGGAGGAUGUAUCAAAAGUAAUGUUGUGUGAACGUUGUGAAAAAGCGUAUCAUCCUAGUUGUUUACGACCAAUUGUUACAUCUAUACCUAAAUACGGUUGGAAGUGUAAGUGCUGCCGUGUAUGUACAGACUGUGGUUCGCGAACACCAGGCGCCGGUCUCUCAUCACGGUGGCAUUCCCAUUACACUGUAUGUGAUUCGUGUUACCAACAAAGGAACAAAGGUUUUUCGUGUCCCCUUUGUAGAAAGGCGUAUCGGGCUGCUGCGUAUAGAGAAAUGGUUCAAUGUAGUGCAUGUAAAAAGUUCGUUCAUGGUACCUGUGACCCUGAGGCUGAUCCGUUAACCUAUCAACACCGUAAAGAAGCUAAACCUGAUUAUGAAUAUAUUUGUUUACACUGCAAAAAUAUGGCACUUGUAAAAAGGAAAGAUAAUAUCGAUGAUUACGGGGGAGAUUUGAGUUUAAGUGCGUCGCAAGAAAGUCUGUAUGGUGAUGGAGAUUCGUCUGAGUUUGAUUAUCAAGGGGGAUCAGAGGAAGCACUGUAUUCCAUAGGUCUUGGAAAGGGAAAACCAUUCUGUGCAUCUAAAAUUGCAAAGAAACGAUUAGGUCUUGGAGGAGGAAUCAUCGGACGACCAAAAGGAAUUGGCAAGCUUGGAUAUCAAAAACGGCAGAAAAUGACAGAAUUCGGAAGGAAACGGGGCCCGAAGGCAAAGAUGAGAGGUAUCUUUGGAGUACCAGGAGUAGGACUGCAGAGGCCAAUGUCGGAUUCAUUCUCGAAGGAAGAUGAACCAGGCAUUGAAAACAGACUUGUGUUAUGUUCGGCUAAGGAUAAAUUUGUAUUGACUCAAGAUAUUUGUGUAAUGUGUGGUGCGAUUGGCACUGACCAAGAGGGGUGUUUAAUAGCUUGUGCACAGUGUGGUCAAUGUUAUCAUCCUUACUGCGCUAACGUCAAAGUUACUAAAGUAAUAUUACAAAAGGGUUGGCGGUGCCUUGAUUGUACAGUAUGCGAAGGUUGUGGUGAAAGGAAUGACGAGGGUCGUUUGAUCUUAUGCGACGAUUGUGAUAUCAGUUAUCAUAUUUACUGUAUGGAUCCACCGCUGGAUUAUGUGCCACACGGUACUUGGAAAUGCAAAUGGUGUGCGCACUGUCAAACUUGUGGUUCGAACGAUCCAGGAUUCAACAGUAGCUGGCAAAAGAAUUAUACGCAGUGUGGACCCUGUGCGUCUCACACAGCCUGCAUAUCAUGCCAGGAAGCGUACAAUGAGGGAGACCUGAUAAUACAAUGCAUCCAGUGUGAGAGGUGGUUGCAUUGCGCGUGUGACUCGAUCAAAAGUGAGGCAGAAGCUGAAAAGUGCGCGGAAGAGGGUUAUAUUUGUAUACUUUGUCGUCCAAGGGAUGUCCCACCGCCGCAUCUUUUGUCCAAUCAACCUAAACCACAACCAAAUAAAUACCCCCGUUCUCCACCACCAACGUCACGCAGUCCAGAGUUGUACAAACCUUCCCCUCAACAAUAUUUGGUCGACGGUGUUUAUUUGUCCGAAGCUGGUAUGAAUCACAUCAAAUCUUUAACCUCUGAACAUCAACAGACGAGAAAGAAGAGAAGAAAAAUGCAUCCCUUGAUCGACAAGGAAGCAGAUAUAAUGGCUACGAUAGAAUCCGUAAUUGCUGGAGGAAGUUUAGACAAUUCUUUAGAAGAAAAUGGAGGAAAAAUAGAUUUAUCGAAUGUUAAAGAUGAGCCCACGGAGGUACUCAAAGAAGGCAUGGUAUGGACACCACGUGGCGACCAACCUCCACCCGAGGGUUUUAGUAUUUAUACAACUGAGAACGGCAUACCGAUCUUAAGACGUAAACGUCAGCGUAACUUACAGAAGCUAGGUAUCGGGGGUUUCAUCGUCAGAAUAAGAGGUACUCGAAAAGACAAAGAGGAAGAUGGGGAUCCUGAGAAGCCAUCUGAUUCGACUCUCGGUGUAAACGACGAUAAACCACGCAGGAAACCACAGAGAAGGAAACCAAAGACCAAACUUUCUGAAUGUUUUCCUCUCUACAUGCAAGAGGCAUUCUUUGGCAAAGAUCUUAUGGAUACUACCAAAGAUAAGGAACUGGAAAGCAGCAGCGAAUCGGAUAGCGAACGAAAUAUAUCUGGAAAUGCGGACACUAUUCAGUUAUCUCAGGAUGAAUUGAAAGCAAUGGAACAAGUUAAAGCUAAGCAAGAAAAGGAAGAAGAGAAAGUCCCUUCAGAAACACCUAUCAAGCGGGAAGAAAUGAUGGAUGACGAUGGUAGCGACACGGAAGCUCUCGGUGAUAUCUUACCUAUUUCAGGUGAUUUACUUGACAGUGACCUCGUUAAUACCAUCAUGAACGAACAGGAUGAAGAUCUGGCGAAAGCCAGUGAAGCAUUGGAUGAAUUAGAUGACACCCCAGGUACUUCAACAAACGAGCUGACAGACAUUUUGAGUCCGCAUUUCAAUUUAGAAUCAAUGGUCAGAGACACAGGUUUACCUAACAUGGAUAGUAAAGAUAUUGAAGAGAUAUUCAAAGGAGUUUUAACUGACGAGUCUCAAGAAUCUCAAGAGUCGUCGGUUUUUCCUGUUCAAACUCAACCUCCACAUCCUUCAUCCACUACGACACCUCUUGUGUCUCCUUCGCCACAUCCUGGUAUACAAACAACGAUGCCUAUACCAAGGCCUCAGGUACCAGGGUCACUGCCCUCUGUCGGGCAGUCGAAUUUGAAUUCCCCAAUGAGUUUUCCACCACCGUCUCCAUACCACUCAGAAUAUAGCAAUAGCCCACAAUUUAGUCCUGCUUUCUCUGAACCACCGAGUCCAUGGGUCAACCCUGAUGAUGAGGGUAGUACGCCAACAGGCAAUACCACAAUCUCAUACAACCAAAGAAGUAAUCUUAAAAUGGAAGCCGAUGAAGCUUUAGGUUCAGGAGCAACUAUAUCUUCUGUACUUUAUGCAAAUAUUAACCAUCCAGAAUGGAAGACAGAAUAUCCAGCUUGGUCAGAGAGAUGCAAACAAAUACUGAAGAAAUGGCGUGCGCUUCCAAACGACAAAAAAGCUCCGUAUCUAACGUUGGCACGGGACAACAGAGCUGCAAUUCGUAUGAAAAAGACCCAACAGGAGCAAGAAAGACUUUCCAAUAGAGAUCGUUCUAGCCGAGAAGCUGAACAAGAACGUCAAUGGAAACAGUUACAAGCAUUGCGCCAGCAACAAGCACAGAUGCAGCAACAAGUUAUUCAUGAACAACGUGUACACGCUAUUGCCAGAGUUCAUAGACAAAUAAGCGAAGACAAUACAACUCAAAUAAGUAAUGACAAUACUACAGGAUUAACUACACAAUUGCAAGUCUCUACGUCUCAGGAUGGAACUCAUAUGGGACCACUAGCCUCACCAUCUCCUGGGUCACGCAAUACGUUUGCGACACCUCCUGUAAAAGUUACACGAGGAUUAGCACCUCAAAGCCCUCACCAAGGUAUACCACGUUUACCGAAUCAGCCAUGCGCGGCCAUGACUCGUCCGGUUGGAACUGUUGUUAGGCCUGGAAUGCCUAAUAGUUUUACCCAACCACCCUCUCCAUUUUCGCCUCAAGCUCCACAAUCUCCUCACGACUUCCCACAAUCACCAGCUUCGUCACAAUCUCAGGACCAUUUUCAACGUUUCGACAAUACCGACGCUUAUUCUCAAGGUUCCCAGACACCCAGGUCACAGAUAUCUGGUACACCUUCAUAUUCCACGUCUCCCAGAAGCGACGUGUUCCCUCAGCCACCAGGUACACCACGGCCUAUGUUUAAUGCUCCUACUACGCGUCCUUCCACUCAUGUAUAUGCACCAUCUCGUACACCUGAUCCAUACAGUAGCCAGCCUCCUACUCCCUCACCUGCUCCAAACUAUCCUUCACCGAGACCCGAAUCUCGACAAGAUUCGCAACAGCCUGAAGUGUUCAAUCAGCAACCAGAAGUGAAUAGACAAUUACGCGAUCUCUUGCAAAGACAGCAGUUCAGUAAGAAAAUGGAGCCAGUGAGCACUACGUGGAACCAAGAAGGUCAGAACAAUACUGAAAGCAAUCAACAGCAAUUCGAUACAUCCCAUGUACAACUACCCCAACAUUCUCAAGCGGCAAGUAACACCGGUGAAGGCACCUUUAGGCAUCCUCUUCCUCCAGGUGUCAGACCGAGAAUGCCCAUUCAACCAAAUGUAUUGAUAAGAAAUCAAAUUGGAAUAACUUCGAGACAUCCUGUAGCAGGAAAUGUAGAUGCCAGGAUUCAGAAUAUGGAUGCACGAACGAGGAUGCUUUUACAAAGACCGCAAGUAGCAGCAACUAUACCUCAACCACAUUUUCAAGGAAACCAAACUUUGCAGACGCGAAUGCCAACUGUAAGAAACUCUAUUACAGAACCGUACGAUGUUCUGCAACAGCAAAGGUUUCCAGAUUCUAAUCAAACUCAGACUAUCGGGCAACGUAUCGUGCGAGCACCUCAGGAUAAUUUAAAUCAAGGAAUUAGAAUGUUAAGUUCACAAACAGUUGGAACGAGAGCACCUCUUAUACCAACAACGGUCAGCGAAGCUACUGUCAGUCCAUCGGAACCAUCAGAGAUUCCUGAUAACGUCACUGCGGAGCUUGAGAAAUUAGAACAAGAAGGAGCACCGAUGGUCGAGGUCGAAGGAGAGGGCGUGAGUGCAAUAUUAGGUGAAUUAGGCGACGACGACGACGAACUGCUUGCUGAAAUGGGGGCAGAUUUUAACAUUCUGGAAUACGCAGACCCUGAGCUAGACAACAUAACCGGUGGUGAGAAAACGAAUAUACUUGAUUUAGAUUUAGAGCAAGUUGAGGUAGAGACAAAGGACGAAAAACAGAAGAAGGAAGUUAAAGAUGAGGAGCGAAAGUCGACAGAGUUAGGCGGAACGAGUGCGGUGCACACGGACAUAAGUGACACGUGCACGACAACUACUGUACAAACACCCACGGAGACGUCUAAUGCUCCAACACAAGCACAAACAGUAACAUCCAUUACCGCGUCGCAAACACCGCAGCAACCAGCUACGAUUAUGCCUCAGUCGCAUGCUCAAGCUGUCGUUGUGCAGCAACAAAUGCACCAGCACGUGCAGCAAGCCGCAGCGAUGGGAAGGCCUAUGCCUCCAGGAACUCGCUUGCUUUCGCCUGAUGGAGCAGUUGGCGUUGUUACAUCAACUAACACUGUUACGGUCAGUUAUCCGUCCACGUUCCCUGGACAUCCUCAGAGAAUACCGCAAACGCAUAUCCAAGUGUCCCCUCAACAACGUCUUAGUAUGAGAGUAACGGGGGUACCAAACGUGGCUGGUAGAGUGGUUGCCGUAAAUCACAUGAUCGGUCCACGCAUGCCGUUAGCUCCACCGCCGCCGCCACCUCCACCCCCAUAUCCUGGACCACCGCCGCCUUACCCCGGACCUAUACAGUCGUGUUCACAGGAACAACCAUUAUUGUUGGAGGAAUUGUUGGAGCAAGAGAAACGUGAGCAAGAGAAGCAACAGCAACAACAACAGCAGCAACAGCAGCAGCAGCAGCAACAACAACAACAGCAGCAGCAGCAGCAGCAACAACAGCAGCAGCAGCAGCAGCAACAACAGCAGCAGCAGCAGCAGCAACAACAGCAGCAGCAGCAGCAGCAACAACAGCAGCAGCAGCAGCAGCAACAACAGCAGCAGCAGCAGCAGCAACAACAGCAGCAGCAGCAGCAGCAACAACAGCAGCAGCAGCAGCAGCAACAACAGCAGCAGCAGCAGCAGCAACAACAGCAGCAGCAGCAGCAGCAACAACAGCAGCAGCAGCAGCAGCAACAACAGCAGCAGCAGCAGCAGCAACAACAGCAGCAGCAGCAGCAGCAACAACAGCAGCAGCAGCAGCAGCAACAGCAGCAGCAGCAGCAACAACAACAACAGCAGCAGCAGCAGCAGCAACAACAGCAGCAGCAGCAGCAGCAGAGCGACAACACAACUUCUGGAGCAUCUUUAUUAAGUGACAGAAUUACAUCAGUACCUGGAGGAGUUCCUGUAAUUAGGCCAUCUUGUACACCAACACCACCAUCCGCUCCAGGUACCAGUUGGCAGCAGACAGUUCCUGAUGCGACCAAACUAGCGACCCAAGUGCCCAGGCAGCCUAUCGCCACUCAGACUCCACCAGAACCAAGGGUUGCCACGUUUAACAUCUCUCAGAUUCCUGCUCCGCCGACACCUCCGGAGAACAUUGUAAACGAACAGGAUCGCCAAGUACAACUGCAGUACGAGCAGUGGCUAAAUCACCAGCACCAAGUGUUGACACAGCAGUUGAAGUAUUACGAAACUGAGGUACAAAAGCUGCGUAAAAUACGAAAAUCCCUCAAUAGCAAGCAACGGCAGUUACGAAAAUCCGGGAACGAAUUGACGGAGAACGAUGCCGCCGAGCUGCAGCGUAUUUCGAGCGAGCAAGCGAUAUUGCAGAAACACCUGGACGCGAGUCGCAAGCAAACUCGACAGCACGGCAUGUUAAUACAAGAGUACCAUACCAAACAACAACAGAGACAACCUCAGCAACAAAGCAGCGAGCCAUGUUCACCGUUGAUGUCGCCCUCUCAGCAGUCGCCGAUGCACAGUCCUGCUGCGCUCGUUUCUCAAAGCCCGGGCCCUGGGAAUGUUCCUACGAACAUGAUACAGCAUUCCCCGGCAACUCCCAUCAUCCAGCAUAGCCCCAACCCACCGUUGUUGCAACAUAGUCCUGGUAAUCCGCAGUCAGGAAAUCCAGGAACGAUGUCGCCUCAUAAUAUGCAACAGUCUCCUAGAAUCGGAACUCCUCACUCGCAGAACGAGGAAAGCCCUUUCAGCCCUGGCGCUAUGCCGUCGCCUGGCAUGUGUGGUCCUUCAGCGACUCGAAUGACAUCUCCGCAGCAUCGUGCAAUCAUCAGUGGAAGACUCGCGACCAGUCCGGGUGCUUUCACUCCGGAUACCCGAAACACCCAACAAAUUAUCGGAGACCAGGGAGUUAGAGUUCACGGCCUGACUCAACGUUUCGUCCGUCCACCGGCUGUAGGAGAACCUGGCCAAAGGCCCAGAUUGCAACUACAAGGAGGAAUCGUGUACGGACAACGUUCGCCGCUAGGGAGUCCACAACCCACGCAACAAACUUUGAUGAAUCAACAACAUCAACAGAUGUUACAGCGGCAACAAAUUAUUCAACAGCACGAGACCGCUGGAAUUCUUCAGGAUGGACAAAACACUAUCACUCAGCGUACGCUGCAAAUGGCGCAGCAGAGGCAACAACUGUUACAACAGCAGCAACAGCAACAGCAAAUAGUACAGCAACAAAGGCAACAGUUUUUGCAGAUGCAGCAGCAACAGCAGCAGCAACAACAGCAACAACACACGAUGCAGAAACCACCUAGUUCUCCGAUGGUCUCGCAACCUGCGAAUUCUCCGAGUCCUCAACUUCACCAACAAAUUCAACAGAAUUAUGGACAGCCUCCGAAUUCCCCUAUGCCUCGUAGCCCCAUGAUUCAACAAACAAUGGGCUCGCCGAUGCUCCAGCAACAACUGAGCCAAACUUCUCAACCUCCUAGUCCUAUGAACGCGAGGAUUCACUCUCAUCCACCGAAUUCACCAAUGAUAUCUCAAUAUCAACCACCGAGUCCAAUGUCUCGUAAUCAUCCUUCGACGUCGCCGAUGUUGCAGCAUCAGUUGAACAACACUCAUCAUCCUCAAACGUCUCAACCACCCAGUUCUCCGAUGCCACGAAGUCCUAUGGUCGGUGGUUCGCCCAUGCAGAUGCAGAGGAGACAAUCCACCGGCAACAGUCCAGCGAUGCCGGAUCGACCGCAGAGCGUGGAGAACCCAGGAACUCCGAGAACUCCGCACACUCCACACACACCGCAUACCCCGCACGGUUCUUACACCACCCAGAACUCCAGCAGCAUGACAGUAACGAGCGAUCAGCAGCAACAAUUACAGCAGUCGCAUCAACAUCCUCAACAAUCUCAUUCGCAGGACCAAACGUCCUCGACGGAUCAUGCGAACAGAGGCGGUGGCAAUCCGCAUAAUCCACUGAACCCAAUACCAUUUGCGAGCAUAUUCGGACGUUACGGAUACUUCAAACUCGGACUGAGAGGUGGUUCUCCCAUGUGGUCAACGAAGGCAGAGACCAGCAAGGGUAAAACCUCGGAAUCGCAUUUGUUGAACAUAGACGAGAAACCGAACACUUCCGUGGUGGUGCACAGGAAGACUGGUAUUCCGCAAUCGAAAAUUAACUCCCUAGUGUGCGCAGACUACAACGAUUUCGACGACGAUUCGCGUACACCGCCUCAAACACCACCCACCGCCUUGGAAUCCAAGCAAACGACCUCUUUAUCCGAUAACGGACCCCUGACGCUGGGCAGCCCCAGCAACAAGAUGGAGCCGAUUCCUGACACCACCGAUUACGACGAUGACAAGACCAUAGUGAACACGGAGGUGACGUUGAGUUCCACCGCGCAACGGGACAGCGACGAUAUUACGGUCAUAGACCAGUUCGGAGACUCGGAACUUGUGGACGUGAUAUCGGGAACGCUGGAAGGCGACAUGCAAGAGGAAUAUGUUUUGUUCGAGCCUGGAAUGGUCGUAGACCUGUCAGCGGAUAGUAACGACUCCCUUUGCCAGGCGCUGGUCAACGAAGGCAGUCAAGGACACGAUUUAGUACAAAUUUUAGAGAUUGAGAACCCAGAAUCUCAAACGGACGAGCCGAUACUUAGCGACGAAGAUCUGGUGCCUUCGCACACGAGGAACAAGAAGGGUCUGAGAUUAGACAUCGUGAGGACCUUACAGUCUGGUAAAAGGUUGGUUGCGGUUACGGACACGCCUGAGUCGCCCGAUCAGGAGGAACUUCGCGUUGACCCGUCGCCCGGUUCUUACAUGGACCAGUCGCCUGAACAGGACCUCAUGGUGUCCUUCGUUAGCGAAUCCGAAGUGGUGAUCAUCGAUCCCAGCACGAAGUCGCCCGAAGAUAACCUGUCGAAGGAAUCGUGUCCCGAAGAGGUCGAGAAGACAGACACCACGACUGUGUCCGAGGCGCCGAAGGAAAACGCUGUCGCGGAGUCGACCGUCGAGGAUCAGUCGAAAUCACAGAAAGAGUCAAAAGUAACUAGAAGUCCUCCGUCGUUUGUGUUCUGUAACAACGUUCUAUACAAUCAAAUUCCACCUUCUAGCAUUCAUCAUGCGAACAUAGGUGUGCCGUCUAUCUACAAGUCUACCGUAGCCUUGGGAACUUCUGCGAGCACGCACGCUGCCACGGACAACAACAACAAGAACACUACCGCAACAAUUUCCACCUGUGUGUUAGCUUCAGCAGACACGGCCGUUAAAUCGACGUCGAUUUUUCCUGCCUUGAACAUGGCGAAGGACACAGUGACAUCGUCUUUUAAUAAUCAAAAACAGCUACCGUCGACUAUGGCCAGCAUUGUCGCGGACGCUAAGAUCGCUGCGAAGCUCAGUCAAACUGUUUUGGAGAACAUUGCGGUCAGCUCGCAACAGAACGUGAAAACGGAGCCGCUGUUGAGUAUCAGUGCACCGAGCAUAGAACUUUCGAAGCCUCAAACCACUUACGCCGACAAGUUGACAUCGUCGGUCGCCAGUUUGCACAAUAAGAUCACGAGCUUUGUACAGAACGCUGCGACUAGUACGGUGGAAGCAACGAGUAACCCUACGAAACUGGUGUUGAGCGUGCAACCAACGUCUGUCACGCUGUCUACGCCUAAGAUGUCCAUUCCUGAUCUUCCUAAGAAGGAGAACAGUAAUUCCGUGGCGGUGUCGAAGGAGAAUCAGCUGGAAGUUUUGGAGAAGAACAACGCGAAGAACGAGAAGGACGAGACUGAUCACUCGGCGAAAAAUUUGGAGGAAACCAGCGUGAAUACUUCAGGCGCAAACGUAGCGACGAGCACAGCAACUCAAGAACUGACAUCAAACGAAGACAAGAAGAACGAUCUUUUAAACACAACCGACGAACUGGAGAGCAUGCUCGAGGCGAUUCAUAAUCCUGCCGAGAACAUAAGCAGAGAGAACUCGCAUACGGAUAACAAAGACACUGCUUCUUCCCUGAAGAGAAUAUCCCCGGUCACGGAUGACCUGUCUUUGGUGAACAUUUUGGAAAACGACUCUGAACCGGUCGAGAACGAGAACAAGGAUGAGAACGUAGCAACGUCGGAAGCUCAGAGAGUCAACAAUAAAUCAAAAGAGAUCGAAACGAGUAUCGCUGACAAUGGUAAUUUAAGUAUUCCUCAAAAGGAAAAGAAGCACGACGAGCUGUGCACGGAUAUCGAGACGAGCAAACCCUACGUGCCUCACUGUCUUAACGAGGAGAAAGGUAUGAUGGAGGAAUCGUCCGACGACAUAUUGGACAUGCUACACAACAUCAUAUCGUCCAAACCAGAAAUGGCGAACAGUGAAAUGCUGCAGGAAGACAGAUCCAGGAAGAGUAUGAUGUACGAGUUGCCAACGCCUCUAGACACCUUACCCUUGAAUAUACUUCAGGACUCUUUGAUGGAUUUAGAGCAGGAGCACUCGGAUAACGAGCACCUUCUGACGAACGAGAACAAAGGACCAAAAAUACAACAGAAGACGAGUUCACCUCCCAUAGAAGUUGCACCGAAAAAGAGUUCUCCGAUUCCUCAUCAGAGUACUCCUUUGGUAGUCAGCACCAUAGCGCAAUUGCAGAAAUGUACAACCACGGUACCUCAUCUUUCUCCGCUGUCGAAACCUACCGAACUGACGUCGAACGUCGCGAACGUGUCGCAUCAGUUGAGAACGUUGCUUUCUUCUUUACAGACCAAUCAUUCGCAGAACUGCACGACCGUCAAUCAAAGCGCCAUCGUCACCAUGGUGUCUUCGGCGAUCUCCGUGUCGAAAGUAGGAAAUAUUCUCACCACGAUGAGCUCGUCUGCGCCGAACUCUGUAAAUAAUCUGCAUAGCAAUGCGAACGUUCGUCUGCAGACCUGCAUAACUACUUCGCAUUCGACAGUCACGUGCAAGCCUGAUUUAGAGACCACGACCGCUAAUUAUACUCCUCAUUCAAAGGAAAGUACAAAUUCUACGAUAAGCGUUGUUUCUACUUUGUGUAAGGUCACCUCUUCGGAUCCGUUUUUACGAGUCACGUCCAGCACCAUGCAGCCACAGCCUACCAGUAGUAUAGCCCUGCAAACAUCGUCCGUAAUCACUCCUAGACCACCGACCAACUCGGGGAUCUCGAUCACUUCGAACGCGAUGCUGAACGCCAUGCUAGCUGGCACGAACUCCGCGAAGCCGUCGAUCGCCGGUCACCGAACGAACACGGCUCCGACACAAGCCAGUAACCUGCUGAGCUCUGUCAUGGCAACGUCGGUACAGCGCACUCAAAGUCUUCAAGCUAUCCUGCAAGUGAGUUCGGGCUGCUCCUCGGCUCCCUCUCGAGUCGUGGUGAACGCCACGUCGACGACCGUCACCACGUCCAUGCAGUGUGUCAGGACCAUUGUACCUCCUAUAGUUACUACCAGCACUAACAGCAUCAACGUCACUACCAGCAUACUGCAGUCGACCCUGUCUCAAACACCGACGUUGUUGCAUUCGCAGCUCACCUCUGGCACUCAGUAUAAGUUAGCUGGACACUUGUCGGUAGAGAAUAAGAGUAACGAGCUGGAGAGGCUCGCGCAAAGUACACCGUUGAAGAAAGAGUCGGAGGAGUCAAACUGUAAACCGCAAUCGGCACUCGACAAACCACCGACCGCCAGACUCGAAUUGGACGCGAGUAAGAGCUCGACUGGGUCCCACAGAAUGGAAGAAUCGCAGAACGUGCUGUUGAAACAACUUUUGCAGAAUACCGCAUGCGCGACGACCACCUUGUGUUCCGGUUCUUCGCAGGGACCCAGUCUACCCCUGGUACCUUCGUUGGAAGCACAGUUGGCUAGGCCAGUACCUCCCACUCCGUUCUCCGUUCUGCCACCGUUACUGAACGAAGUGCCAGCGCCCAAGACCACCUGCAACAAGCAAGUUCUGAACAGAGAGACGUCGUUUCUGUCGCAAUCGGUAACGUCCUUGAAAGUGCAAAGUCCACCCACCAAGGAGGAGCCACCGAAGCCGCCUCCGCCGCUCUCGACCUCUGCACCGGUCCUAUCGCAGCAGCGCGUGGCCGACACGUUCGUUAAGCAGCAAAUCACAACUCAACCCGCCAAGACAAUUCCUGUCACGACUCAGGCGAACCAGCAACCGACCACGACAACCAUCAGCAAGCAACCACCGCCGCUUGCUACCAAAACCUCGGAGACAACAACGGCCAUCAAACAGGAGUCUAUCGUUACGCAGUCGCAGACGAAGCUUCCCAACGAUCCUGUAGUCAACAGUACCGUGUCCGUUCAGGAACAGUGCGUGUCGACUAUGGCCGUUUCACGAGUGGUACCGCAGACGAAGCCCGUGAUCACGACGGUGGCUGGUAAAACUAUACAGUCCACCACCCAAGUAUCGAGUACCGUUCAAACCACCCAAGUGUUGACGACUGUCACGACUGCUCCGCCACAGCAGACACAGCAAACCCAGUCCCAGAUACCAGUUACCCCGAAAUCCAUUGUCUCGACCCAGCAACAAUCCCCGCAUAUAAAUACAAUACCGCCAUCAGUGCCUCAUACGGUGUCUCACACUGUGGGCCACCAAGCCCAGGCGUCACAGGGUGCAAAUGCACAACACACAGUGCCUUUAGUGGAAGUCAAAAAGGAAGUUCUUGAUGAAGUUCUAUCUAGUGGUACACCUACCCAAUUAACCGAUACCAAAGACUUUCUUACUGCCAAAGAGGAGCUUAUGGAUGGAUCGAUUGACGACAAAACUGAUCUCAAGAAGUUCAAGAGGCGACAAUAUCAACAGAAACGGAAACAAAGCCAGGGAAAGGACGCGGCGACAGCACCUCAGAAGAAGCGUGCUAGAAAACCAUCCCGCUUAGACGAGGAUUAUGACACGUUCAUUGACAAUUUAAUGACACAGUUGCGGCAACUUCAACCAAUGGCAGUAUUAGAACCACUUCUGGGCAGAAAUUAUGGCGUGUGCCCCAUCUUUGGCUCGGGAGACCUGACGAAGAUAGGCAGUCAAAAGGAUUAUAGCACCAGAACUGGAGACUUGAUCGGUUCAUAUGGAUCCGCGACAUUGCCUGGCGUGUCUGAUCACUAUAACACCCAACCAUUUGGUGAAUUAGAACCUUUACCACCUCAGCAACCUGCUUCCACUCAGAGAGGAUUCUAUGAUCAGGAGUUUCCACCUCUCAAAUUAGAUGAUUCCGACGAAAAGAAAGAGAAUUCUCUGUCAAUGAACCGCGACGUCGAUUCUCCUGACACCAUAGUCAGUUCAUCCUCACCCGAAUGCGUCAUCCCAGAGUUCAUCCAUCGAUUCCCAGGUUUGAGAUUAAUCGAGGAGGAAUCGGACGAGGAAUCAGAUUGGCUAAAACGAGUUUCACCCGUAAUACCCUUGAUUUCACCGAUACCAAUUAGACUGAAACCAACUUAUAUUAAGGAUACCUCUAAGCAAGAUAAAGAGAACCUAGGAAUACCUCGCCUUGGAAAAUCACCACCAAUACCUUUGAGAGACGGCAACAUAACAGUUACAUUAACAUUGAAUAGUCAGGCUGCGGAUGAUAUAAUGGGAGUACUUAAGGAUUUGGCUAAUAUUUUAAAUAUUGCUCCUCCUACUGGUUACCAGAUAGUAGAACGUACUACUACUCCUCCUAGUCAGAAAUUAGGUCUUUAUAGAACCAAGGGAAAAGAUGGUAAAGAAGGAGCUCCGAUUGAUAUACAGAGUAUUUUGAAUGGCGCCGCGAAAUUUUGUCGUCAUUGUGAUGUUGUGAUAUUAAAUAGUUUAAUAAGAAAAAAAGUAUCAGAUUUACCAUUUUUGAGUAAGGAAGAAGCAGAGCCUGGCGAUGAACUAUGUUUCUGUUCCGCUGCCUGUUACAUGCAGUUCGCCCUUAUGCAUAGAACACCGACAAACACACAAGAUAAGGCUGCAACGAUAGUAGAUCAUCUGUGUCAUAACAAAAUAGAUAAUAAGGUAUUGGACGAUGAUUUCAAAAAGGGAAAGAAAUUUGUGGUUAAACAACCGGUCGAACACGUUGAAAACAUGGAAGUGGAUCAGAUAGAGAAGGAACCUGAAAUUAAGAUUAAAAUGGAGAAGGAAGAGCAGGAAGUGCCGGAAACAAAAGAAGAAAUAUUAGAAGAGAAACGACCGAAGAAACAUUCAGUAGUAGAAGAGUCUUCGACUGAAUCGACUGAACCACAACCACCUGCUAAAGUUUGGAGAGGCUUGCGGUACAAAACUUGGUCUGUUGGCUCGAUGCAACCUCCAACUAAAUACAAGAAACCAACCGACAAAGAAAUCACGGAGAUGCUUUUCCGUAUGGGAGUGACUGUAGUACCUGCCAAAGCGGAAGACAGUCGACGAUGCAUGUUUUGCCACAGUCAAGGUGAUGGUACAGCCGAUGGUCCCGCUAGAUUACUUAAUUUUGACGUCGACAAAUGGGUGCAUUUAAACUGCGCUCUUUGGUCAGAAGAUGUGUAUGAAACUGUGAAUGGUGCCUUGAUGAAUCUCGAUACCGCUUUGCAACAUAGUCUUGUAUUAAAUUGUAUCGUUUGCGAGAAGCCUGGAGCUACAGUAAAAUGUUUUAAAAUGCGUUGCACCAACGUGUACCACCUUGGCUGCGCCGUUAAAGAUGGCUGUGUUUUUUAUAAGAAUAAGAGUACCUAUUGCUCUCAGCACGUUCAAAAGAACGAGAAGGAUAACGAGCUAACUACAUUAUCCGUGUACAGAAGGGUGUACGUGAAUCGGGACGAGAACAGACAAGUAGCGGCUGUGAUGCAUCACUCGGAACACAAUCACCUGUUGAGAGUUGGAAGUCUAAUAUUUUUAAGCGUCGGGCAAUUGCUUCCGCAUCAACUUGCCAAUUUUCAUACGCCGAAUUACAUAUACCCCGUUGGAUACAAAAUCGUUAGAUUCUAUUGGAGCAUGAGGAGGCCAAACAAACGCUGCCGUUACGUGUGUUCCAUCCACGAUGUUUCCGGCCGACCCGAGUUCAGAGUACUGGUACAGGAACCUUUGCAAGAGGACGUCGAACUACGAGAUGCCACGCCUCGUGCUGUAUGGAGCAGGAUCCUAGAGCCGCUUGCCGAACUACGAAGAACGACGCACAGCGUCCAGUUAUUCCCGCGUUACGUCUCUGGCGAAGAUCUGUUCGGGCUAACCGAGCCAGCGGUCGUCCGUGUUCUCGAAAGUCUUCCAGGCAUCGAAACCCUAACCGAUUACAGAUUUAAAUACGGUCGAAAUCCAUUGUUAGAGUUGCCGUUAGCGAUUAAUCCUACCGGUAGCGCGAGAACGGAGGCUCGUCUUCGAAAUCAGCUUCCCUGGAAGAGGCCACACACGCAACGUACGGGUUCCUCGGCGAGAGCUGCUUUUGUACCGACCGCCACCGUCGCUGGUGAAGUGGCCUGUCCCUACUCGAAACAAUUCGUUCAUUCCAAGAGUUCACAGUACAAAAAAAUGAAACAAGAAUGGCGUAACAACGUGUACCUGGCACGCUCCAAGAUACAAGGUUUGGGAUUGUACGCGGCGAGGGAUCUGGAGAAACACACGAUGGUCAUUGAGUACAUCGGAGAAAUUAUUCGUACGGAAUUGGCGGAGACGAGGGAGAAGCAGUACGAAGCACGGAAUCGUGGUAUUUAUAUGUUCCGAUUGGACGAAGAGAGAGUGGUCGAUGCGACGUUAUGCGGAGGCCUCGCAAGGUACAUCAAUCAUUCUUGUAACCCGAAUUGUGUCGCUGAAAUAGUCGAGGUCGAACGUGAUCUUAGGAUUAUAAUCUUUGCGAAGCGAAGAAUCUCACGUGGCGAAGAGCUGGCAUACGAUUACAAAUUCGACAUAGAAGAUGACCAGCACAAGAUAGCAUGCGCAUGUGGCGCGCCUAACUGCCGCAAGUGGAUGAACUAAAGAGCUCGAUCCACGGUUGUUAUUGUUACUACGUUAUUGGGUAGGUUUUACAUGGAGAAAAAGAAAGAAUUAUAUAUAAAUAUAUAUACAUAUAUAUUAUAUUUAUAUAUAUUUAUAUAUAUAUAGACGCAUUAUUUAAUUUGUAAAGUGCCAUUGCAGUUUGACUAAUUGAUUCAUAGUGAAGUUGGUGCUAUGCCAUCACAACAUUCCUCCAAAGUUGUACAAUAUUAGUUUUACUUUACAAAAAACUAGAACAUUGAUCGCUUGUAUAUUACGGACACUCUUUAAAUGACACGACACCAGAUCAUUGAAGAAAAAAGAAAUUUUUAUGGGGUCGUGUGUAUGUAUACAGAAAGUUUGUAUCUUUGUAUGUUGAGUAGGGUCAACCGUUUCGUUGGCCUGUAUUGUAAUAUAAAUCGUUUAUUAAUUAUUAUUGCAUAUACAAUUGCACUGUAUCUGUAAAUAAGUAGAGAAUCCAUGUUAUUUUGAAUCACCAGAUGAAUUAUGUAAAAUAACAGUAUCUAAUUUAGAAUUAUAUACAAUUAUAUCUAUUUCAUUAUAUGAUAAUAAAUCCGUACAAAAUCUAUUGAUACCUUCAUUUUUGUAAAUACCUCUUAAUGUGUAAUUCGAUCUGUUAGCGUUUCAUAAGAGAAAUACAAAAAACAAUAGUUGUCAUAUACAAUUUUGAUGAAGUAUACAAAGAUUUUGCUGUCGUGAUUGUUCGUUUCAGAUUGUAUUAUUUAUGUUUUCAUACUGUGCUUGUAGUGAUACAAUAUAUGCUUCUAAAUUUACCAGUAAAAAAAGGGAAAAGAGAAACUGUUAUCGAAGAGAACACAUUUCUAUGGUUAAGGAACAUUUCUUCCUUCAAUGAAUUUGUAUUAUGAACCGCGAAAAUUUGUAUACAAAUCAUGUGUAUAUAUUUAUAUAUAAUUACUAGGAACUUCAAAAAAUGAUGUAAAAAUUGUUUUUAUUAUACUAAUACUUGAUGUAACGUUGUAACACAAUGAUGUAAUGUAAAACAAUUGAAUUUAUUUUUUAAUAAUAUAUAAAGACCUAUUGACAAAACAAUUUUUGAUAAAUGUGUUUUACCAUACAUGGCAUUUUUAUCAAAGUGUUGAUAACACCGUUUCAUUUAUCGCGUAAUAAUAAACAGACACUAAAAACAGAAAAUAGAAUUGUAUUUAGCAUUUAAUUCAUUUCGUUCGAACAUUGUUGGAACACUAAUGUUCCAAGGAUAAAAGGAAGACAAAACGAGAAUGAAUCAUGUUUGCAAUUUUAUUUUCGCAAUUGUAAAAUAAUAUUUACAAAGUGAUAUAUCGCAUGUACAUAAAAGUACACAGUCAUUUCUUAAGUUUCACAGUUAGUAUAAGGGAACAGAUACAAAGAAACUAAAAAAUAAUAUAUACAAUGAGUAUUCGAUUGCAAAGAUGUGUCGCUAUGGAUUUAUACAAAAUUCUCGAUGGAAUCUUCGUUAAAUUUUUAUUUGUACAAUUGGGAACGAAAACAACAAAAUAUAUAUAACUGUAAACGUAACUGAUAUCAUUAUAUGUGUAUGUAUAUAUAAACUUGAUAGAAUGAAAAAAAGGUAAAAUGAGAGAGCAAAUAAAUCACAACAAGAAAAAAGAAUAUUUAUCGAAAUAUGCAGGCGAUAUAAAGAAUGUAAUGUAAUCGGUGAAUAUGUGAAUGUAAAUGCGAUUAAGGAAAUACAUUGCAAUAAAAUGUAUUUUAAAUGCGAUUCUUUGGCAUUUAUACACAAUACAAUUGUAAGGUGAUCCUAACGUUACAAUAGUAACUUAUAUACAAUUAAAAGAAGUUGAGGUAAUUAUAUAGAACAUUGUAAAUUCCAUAUAUUUCAAUAAUCCUAAUAUAUAGCAGACCUUAUAUUUCUUAAAUUUUUAAAUUUCUGAAUGUAAAAGUUUAUAAACCACUACGUACUACAUCAUCUCAUGGUACGUUACUAAAAUAUCAAAGAAUAUAAACACCUAACAUUGUCCAUUGCUGCAAUUUUUGUCAUUGGCAAUAUAACAAGAGUCUACUGUAUAUCAUGGUCAUUGAAAAAUAGUUGAAUUUACUCUAUUCUAUAAAAUUACCAAAUUAUCACCUUAUGCGUUCAGAAUAAGUACAGAAACAAGGUACGCUUCCAAAAAGGAGAAAAAACACUUGUGUACUAUUGACGUAUCAGAUAACAAUAUUACAUUUGUAAAUGUUGUAUAAAAAAAGAAGUUUUCUCGCAAAUUUUGUAAAUUCAUACCUGAUCGGUAUUACUUCGACUAACAUAUCGAUGCUGACUGUAUAUUAUAUAUUGUUUCUAACACGAUGAAUCUCUAGCGAGGAUUUUUCGAGUAUUUUAUCUAGAAAAAAAAAGAAAAAAAAA